AUGAGUACGAACAAUAAUGGUUCACCGUAUUUAGGAAGUAAAAUUAGUCUAGUAUCAAAAGCAAAAAUACGUUAUGAAGGAAUAUUAUACACGAUUGAUGCCAAUGAAUCAACCGUUGCAUUAGCCAAAGUAAGAUCUUAUGGAACAGAAGAUAGACCAACUGAACGUCCAGUUCCAGCACGUGAAGAAGUAUUUGAAUAUAUCAUAUUUCGUGGUGCUGAUAUUGAAGAUUUACAAGUUUGUGAACCACCACAGUCAGCCGUAACACAAGACCCUGCUAUUGUCAGAUCAUCAGAACCAACGCCGUAUCCGAGAAGCGGAAACUCAAGCGGUCUUCCUGUUUCAUCUCAACAAAAUGUUCCGUCUAGUAGUAAUGCAUUACAAAAUGCUUUAGUAACAGCGACAACUGGCGCAGCAAUCUCUCCGACGUUGCCACAAUCAAAGUCCAUCGACAGAUCAAAUACAACACCAAACAAUAUGGGUAAUCGACAAAUGUAUUACAGUAAUAAUACAAGAUAUAAUAAUAAUCAACAAUACAAUAACCGUCAACGACCAAUGGACGGUAUCGGUGGAGGAAGUGACAGUUAUGGGGAUAUGAAUGAAGGAGGUUAUAGUGGUUAUGAUAACGGUUACAAUAAUUACGAUAUGAAUGGAUAUGGCAUGAAUGGAGGAAUGGGAGGAAGACAAGGAUACAAUCGUUAUCAACAGAGAGGUGAAUUAAUAUACUUAGCAAAAAAUUCGACACUCAAAAACAGCAGCACUCUGGAUUGA